AUGCUGCGGUUUCUGCUGCUGCUGGGCCAUGCUCAAGGCGCUGCGGUCCUCGACUGCGGCGGCGUGCAUGUGCAUCAGUUGCAGCUUGGGCAGAUGGCCAACUACCAGUACAUCAUCGACAACGGGGAGGUGGCACUCACCGUGGACGCCGCCUGGGACGUGCCAAGGAUCCAGCGGUACCUGGAGAAGAAGGAGCUGAGGUUGGUGGGGGCGCUCUACACCCAUGGCCAUUAUGACCAUUUGGGCGGAUCCGUCCCAGGAGCCGGAGGGGUUCCGAUUCAGGGCGCGAAGGAGUUGGAGGCCGCUGGGCAGCCGCUCUACUUGGGCUCUCGGGACAUCGAGGCGGCCACAGCGCAGACGGGGCUCAAGGCUUCCAAGUGGCAUCCUCUGCGGGAAGGGGACACGGUCUCCCUGCUCCCGGACCAUCCAAUCCUGGUGAUGGACACUCCAGGCCACACUCUAGGCGGUGUGACCUUUUGGCUGCGGGGAAGCCUGCAGGGUGACUGUGCCGAAGGCCUUCUCUUCACGGGGGACACGCUCUUUCUGAAGAACGUGGGAAGGACCGACCUGCCAGGCGGCGACGGCGAGGCGCUGCAAAGGAGCCUGGCGCGACUGGGAAGGCUGCCCGACCAGGUGCAGGUGCUGCCGGGCCACAGCUAUGACGCGCCGCCCCGGCGCUUGGACAUGGCCUCGGUGCGCACAGGCAACGGCGCCAUGAAGGCCGCCCUCGCGAGGCACCCGCCCGCCAGCCCGCGCGCGGAUGCGGAGUUGUGA